UUCCGGGUUGGCGCGCGUUUUCGAGUGACACGAGUCCGAAAGAAAGUCACUUAAACGCUUUUAAAACUAUAAACACGAGAAUCACAUUAUAAACCCAGUGGAAAUUACAUGACUCAUGCGUCUUAUAGUUGUUUAAAUGCAUCAUGAAGAGCGCCAUUUCGACUUCGAACCAACUCUCGUUUUGUGGUAAGAUAAUCACAUUUAAUCACGCCUUGAGUGACAAUCGAGUGAUAAGCGAGUUGACGUGCCGUGGCUUUUCUUUCCAACCGGAGCAAGCGGUGUUCCUGCAGACAUCACAAGGAGCGGCUGUCAUCAGCCACCAAAGUGCAGCACGCGUGGACGCCUUCAUAAAGUCCAAAAGCGUCUUGUGUGUUCAUAGCAGGACCACCGCGCCGUGUGUCCUUGUGGCAAAAAAGAACAAGAAGGCGGACUUUUUUCUCUAUAAACUUUUCACUCUAAGUGGAGCAAGCCAGCUGGAGCCCUGCGUUGAGUUCUCACUCCCUUACAAGCCAAGCGGGGACGUUUGCAUCCUCCAGGGACCGACAGUGUUGUGGACACAUGCUGAUGCUGUGUUUCAUGCAUCAAGUGAUUCAGGAGGGAUCAAACGGGUGCCCCUACAACUGUCCCACUGUCUUAUCGGUGAGCUUCCCCUCCAUAAGAGACAAGUGUUCAUACUGGGACAACAACAGUGCUCCACUCAGCAGACUGUGGCGUAUUUGCUUGGGAGCGGGCUCACCUUUGACGGCGCUGUGAUUUUACCUCCCCCUUAUAUUUGCAUCACUAAGUGCAUCUCCGUGCUGUCAGCCCACCAAGCAGGCAGCCUGCUGCGCUGCACUGUGCUUGCAGCCACUUCCAAUCAACAACUGAUUUAUUUGGAGAACGGCGUGGUGGAAGACACAUGCGCACUCCCGUUCGAAAAACCUGAAGACAUACAGGUGGUCUACACCGGAAGAAAUGGAGUCAUCUUUGUUAUAUCUUUCGACGGGGGCCAUGUGUGUGCUGUGUGGAAGGAUACAUUUCAAAUAGCCGCCCAGUGGUCAAACGUGUUCUCUGUGCACGUGGAUGACUAUCUCGGAUGCGGUACAGAGCAGAUAUUGUUGAUUUUUAAGGAUGAUUGCGUAUCGGGGCAGCCGCUGGAACAUUUCAUCAUAACUGACCUCUGCGGGAUCUCCUUUUCUCGUGGCGAGCACAGCGGCGCAACAGUGAAGACGCCCCCUCCACCAGCCAACCAACUCCUCACAAUUCAAGCUUUGGAGUCCAGACUGCAGAGUGGACUGAGUGUGCUGCAAGAGCUUCAAGGAGAAGUGAGAGUGAAGGACAGAGUUGUGCAGCAGUCCGUGCGAGCGCUCACUGAUGUGGUGCACCAUCGAGAGCCGAAGCUCACACAGCCAGAGCAGGAAGCACUCGUCGCUCUUUGGGAGAGUGAUGACGAGUCAAAGGACGAGGCCGCUGAUGACGAGACCCAAGCCGUGCCAGCGGUGCCCUGCAGACCUCACGUUGACAAGCUGUGGCAUCGCGUCGUCGACGCACGAAUGGUCGUGGGAGUGAUACUUGCUGCCGGCGGCUCAGUACCAGCGGUCGGUACGAGCUUAUCCAUCUUGACAGAGGCGGGCCACGGCUCCACGCCCGCAGUCAUCCAAACCCAAAGCCAAGCGCUGUGGCUCCCCGCGCUCGGUCCCUCACCCUCCGCCUCCUCCUUCUCGGCCGCCACCUUCCCUGAGCCGGCAGCCAAAAGAAGCAAGCGGCACGACGCGGGCGGCCCGAAUGAUUUCAACACGGCCAGACUCGCCGUGACUGCCGUGACCAGGCUGGCACCUCUGCUGAACUCUGGCUGUGUCAAGUGCAAUGUCAUGCUCCAUUACGCCCCGAGACGAGACGCUUCAGUCCUCGCCGGUGUACCGACACCGAUUGUCUACCAUUGUGGUCAACUCACUGUCGACAUCCACGCAGACUUCAAAAUUCAACUGUUGAACAACCCUGAGCUUAAAACAGACGAGGCUCAAGAGGACUUGCUGUGUCUGCUGGCGGUGCUAGACCACUGGGUCUUCCGCAUAGACUCUCCCAAUCAUAGCUUGGGCGAUAUUGACGGCUGGCUGCAGAGGAGAGUGGGCUGUAAGAGGGUAGAAGUGAGCCCUCGGCAUCGAAUGUUUGCUUCUCAAGGACUCUCUUCUCUCUCGCUGCUGUGCUGGCGGCGCAUCAGUCCGUUCCACGGGGAACUGGCGGUCCACUCGAGCCAAUUGCAGAUGCUCCAGCAUCUGGAUGUCCUGCUAGGUUACCUCCCAGCAUCCUGCUCCAUCCAGCCCAUCCGCGGCCUAAGAGAAGAGGGGUCAUCUGAGGUACUGGCUUUGGCUUUGGAGAAGGAAGUGGCGUCACUCCGGGAGUUUGUGUCACCUCUGCUGCGUGGGGAGCAGGAAGGUGAGGAGAGGGCGACGGGGUCCAAGGAGAUCCCCGAACCGGGCACUCCGGAAGGGCUCCAGAGGUGUCGACUCGCCUGGCAACGGGAUGCGGAGAGGAGUAUGCGGAAUUUAAACCCACGUGUGGAUGUGAGAAGCAUCUCAGCACCACAAGACGGAAAGCCUGCAGCCUUGCCAUGGGGGCACCAUCCAUCAUUUGGACCUGUCAGGGUGACACCCCCCAUCCUGCCUGUAGCGAGCAUUCAUCAACACCUCCCUGCGGACUCUGGUAUUUACACAUCUCCUUUCAUUUGUUUUUGCAUUUUUUAUUUUUUACUUUUUUGCAUUUGUGCACAUGAUGGUGGGAUGUUUGGGGGGAAAAACAUGCAGCGUUAGGGUGAGAAGUUAUAGCCACUUCAUUAGGGUACUCGUAUUAGAAUUUAGAAACACGAUAAUACUGAAUUUUCUUUGACACUGUCACUGUUAUUAUUGUGGUUGGAUUUGUAUCCUCUGAUGCAACUAAGUAAAGGUGUAUAUGUUCUCCAAAGAAGCCUUUCGAUGUUGUUGGCAAUCACGCAGGUUGACAGCAACUUGAGGGCUGCAGCAACGAAGAAGAUAUGACUGUCGGCAACCAACGUGAUUUGGCCCAGGGACUAGGAUUAAAGAUUUAUUUUAGUUAAGGGUUAGUUCAAGGGGCUGUAGUUCUCGUAACUCACCUGUUAUUAAUGUACUGUAUAUCCACAAAGCAUACUUAUAUUGAAGUAUUUUUAGUUAUGUGAAAAAAUUGGAGCUGUCUGGUUUUGUGAUGAAAUGACAUCUAAGGCCUCUUGGAAAGACUAUUUCUAUACAGGUAUAACUUAUUUUACAAUUGAGAUGUCUGCUUUUGCAUUUGAACUUUUCAUACGGUUACAUUACAGUUUUGUUUUGUUUUUUUAGAUAUUUUUGUUUCCUUAACUGUCACUUACAAAGUCGUCAGCUCACCACUGCAAACUACACAACCAUAUUGAUCAAGAUUCAGUGUCAAUAAUUUAUAUCUGACAGCGUCAAUGAAACUUGAGCAUGUGAGGA